UCAUUAAGACUAUAUAUUUUCUUCAUUUUCCUAAAUUUUUUCUUCCUCUUCUCCAUAACUAAUACCAUUAUUAACCAAUUCUUCAUAUAUUCUAAGCUUUUUUAAAAAAAUUUAUUUUGGAAUAACACAUAUUAUCAUGGAAGCUGAGAUGUUAUUUUGGGGACGAACGGAGAAGAAGAAAAUGACGAAGUCUAAUUUUAAAGAAACAUGUUGUAGGUUUAGUCAGUUUUUGAAGGAGAAAAGAAGUUUAGGACAACUUGAUGCUUUUAAAGAUAUUGCUUCAUCUGAGCUUGAUAUCAUUGGGGCAAACUCAUUCCCCAACAAUAUGGAAAAGGAGAAAAUGUCUUUGAAGCUCUUUCCUAUGAACAACUCAAUGGAUGCCGGUGCUGAGAACUUGCCAAAAAGUAUGACCCAAUCAAGGGAAUUUCUAGCAUCAACGGAAGAGGCUAAGAAUGCUACACCAAGCAUGACCAUAUUUUAUGGUGGAAAAGUGUUGGUUUUCAAUGGAUUGCCUGAGGAUAAAGCUCAGGAAAUCAUGUUAGUUGCUAGUCGUGGGAACAUAAAGGCCAAUGUUGAGAUUCAGACUCAGACUUCGACUCAAACUGAAACUCAGAUUCAUAUUCAAACCCCGCGCAACAUAAAAUAUAUAACAACUGAUGUUGCACAAGGAUUAGUUCCUCAAGGACCUUCUAGCUUGUACGAUUUACCUCUUGCAAGACGAGUCUCCCUUCAUCGAUUCAUGGAGAAGAGGAAGCAUCGGAUCGCGAACAAUGCACCAUACCAUUUACAAAGUUCAAUGGUGGAAAUAUCAGAUUUGCAUCCUCAAAAAUUCAACAUGAUGAAAAGUUUGUAUGAGCCGCAACAACUUGAGUUGAAAUUGUAGAUUUGUUAAACUUAAAUUUUACGUCUCAAAUAUAGUCUAAGGUGCAUUAUUAAGAUUUAAGAGACUCUAGUUUCUAUAUGUGUACAUUUUUUAAUUUGCUAGUUUGUUAGGGUAUGUGAUCCUUACCCACUAUGUUAUAAAAUAGGUAUAUCCCUUAGUAUUGAUUCAUAUUUUCAUGCCUUUAUUUUUCAAUUACUGUUUUCGAUAUCAAAUAUGAAAAUCUGUAGAUAUUGGAUAAAUAAUAUAAGAACCAUUUUUAGUCAUUUUGUAAUCAUCAUUUUUAUCCUUAUUGUGAAAAACUUAAAAAGAUCGAGAGAACA